AAUCAGUCCCCUUCUUCGGUUCCCUCCUCGGCUUCAACCGAGUGAAUUUAACCAACCAGCCUCUACUCUCUCUCUCUCUAUACGAAAACACUAUACCUAUUCCUUGCGAAGUAUUGGAACUUUGGAACCCUACCUCCAAUUUGUAAGUCACUCAAGUAUUAUUCAGAUUUUGUUUAAUUACUUUCAACAAUUUAUCUUUGAAGAUUAAAAUACGGUUUGAUUGUUCUAAGUUUCCAGAUCAAGCCACUUGCGUCAUUAUCUUUCUGAUAUGUAUCGUGACUAUUAGCUCCAUUCCAAGAAACACUGAAAUUUUGUAGAUCUCGUGUUCAAAUAAAUCACCUUCAAUUGGUUCUAACGAUGAGAAGCUUAAGACAUUGACUAUGGAUAAUGAUUUUCAACGGUCCGUGUCCUUAAGGGCAAGCCGCAAAACGGACCGUAAUCAUCAUCAUCAUCAUCAAAAUAAAGAUGCUGAAGGUAGUUUCUUUUAUUCAGGGAGGUUUUCGCUGGAUUACCCUAUGAAAAUUAUAUGGAAGAGGGGAUUUAUUCGUUUAGUUCUUGUGGCGGGAAUUAUUUGGAUGUUACUCAUUCUCACUGUAUUAAUGUUCCACGUUUGGUCUUGCCAAUCUUCACUAGCUUUCUUUUCAGCUCUUUGUAACAAAGACAGCAAGAUAUUUGGCAUGUUAAACACAAUGGGACUUGUAAAACCACCACACCGUAAGACUAUUACAGUUUCUUGUCUUAAUGUCUUCCUAUCAAUUUUCACGUGGUAAGUUGUUAACAUUCUUGCUACAUGCAAAUUAGGCUGUACUAUCCCUGUUGCUAAUAGCCCAGAUAAUAUAGUUAUUCCAAAGAGGAAAUCUCCUGAAAUUUUUGUAAAAAGCCUGUCCUAUAUUAUGGAGGAUGAUCUGCCAAAUAAUGGAUCACAAUCAACUCUGCUAUUUGGAGGGCAUCAAAGCUGGCAGCAAAGGGAGGAGAGUUUCAAACUGAAAUCAACCAUGAAGGUGCACUGUGGUUUUAUGCACAAAGGUGGUGCAGAUAUGGAUCCCCAAGACAUCAAAUACGCCAAAAAGUGUAGGUUUGUGGUUGCAUCUGGAAUCUUUGAUGGAUACGAUACACCUCACCAGCCAUCAAAUAUAAGCCAACGUUCUCAAGAACUCUUCUGUUUUCUUAUGGUGGUGGAUGAAAUAUCUCUUGACUUCAUCAAGAAAAAUGUUACUGUCAGAGAGGACAAGGAUGGUGGACAAUGGGUGGGUAUCUGGCGUCUUGUUCUGCUCAGGCAUCAACCUUAUGAUGAACCCAGAAGGAAUGGGAAGGUUCCCAAGAUAUUAACCCACAGAUUGUUUCCUCAAGCACAGUACAGUAUCUGGAUUGAUGGUAAAAUGGAGCUACUGGUUGAUCCAUUGCUUAUUCUCGAAAGAUACUUGUGGCGUGGGAAACACACUUUUGCCAUUGCUCAGCACAAGCAUCAUCGCAGUAUAUUUGAAGAGGCGGAUGCAAAUAAACGAAGGAAGCGAUAUGCUCGACCUCUAAUUGAUCUCCACAUGAAAAUAUACCGUUACGAGGGAAUGGAGCCUUGGAGUCCCAUGAAAAAAACCGUUAGUGAUGUGCCAGAAGGGGCAAUUAUCAUACGUGAACAUACUGCACUAAAUAAUUUGUUCAGUUGCUUGUGGUCCAACGAGGUUCACCUCUUUACACCAAGAGAUCAGCUGAGCUUUGGCUAUGUUGUAUACAGGUUAGGGGGUCUGUUCAAAUUCUUUAUGUUUCCAAACUGUGAGUACAACUCACUUUUUGUGUUGCACCCACACACUCGCGAGCAUUCCUCCAAAGUAGAAUGGGUGAAAUCUUUGGAUGAGUUCAACAAGAAAAAUAAUGGUUUGAAAGAGAGUAGAGGAGGACUAGGCUUGUGGACUCCUUAUCCUGGGAACCUUGAUCUGGUUGUACUACCACCUGUAGCAAGAACAUCAAAAGCAGGAUGAGUUUGAUUUUCACUCCCACUUCUGUCAAUUGUGGAAUAUUCAGAGUUUCUUAUGAAGUUCUUUUAUUCUUUAUUCCUUGUUCAUUGGGAAGAUCAUUUAAGCCCUGCCAGAGGUCGUCGUGCAUUAUUUGGUAUAGGAAAGCAGAGGUGGGUUUUGAUUGAAUGCAGUUUAUGCUCUUCCUCACCCUCACCCUCACCCUCACCCUCACCCACA